GAGAGAAGAGAAUGUUUGACCAGGAAUCAAGGCAUAUUUCUCCUUUGGGUCUAUCUAACUGCAUGCCUAUUUCUUCUUCCCUAGGCCACCCCCACCAUGCUAAACCAACCUCACCAAGAAAAGCAAAGCUUUCUCUGAGACAUGGUUGAUGCCUUGAUGGCAGCACUUCCCCUCACUCUCGUCCUCUUCUUUAAAUCUUGUAAGCAUCCUCGCAAUGUCUUCUUUCUUUCCUCCGAUCGAGACCCCAUUUUCUCUUCUCCCGUCGACGACGACGUCGGCUGCCGGGGUUUUCCAUAGCCAACUCACGCCAUGGGAGAGCGGAGGCAUCACUGCUGCAAGCUAUGGCUCCUCGUGCUGGCACUGGCGCCGUGGCUCCACGCUUCGACGGGCGCGACGACGACGUUCACCAUAGCCAACUACUGCGCCUACACGAUAUGGCCGGGCACGCUGGCCGGCUCCGGCACCCCGCAGCUGUCCACGACGGGGUUCGAGCUCGGGCCGGGCCAGACGGUGCGGCUCGCGGCGCCGGCGGGGUGGUCCGGGCGGAUGUGGGCGCGGACCGGGUGCGUGUUCGACGCGGCCGGCGCCGGGGUGUGCCAGACCGGCGACUGCGGCGGGCGCAUGGAGUGCCGCGGCGCCGGCGCCACGCCCCCGGCCACGCUCUUCGAGGUCACGCUGGGGAAGGGCGGCGGCGAGGACUUCUACGACGUGAGCCUCGUCGACGGGUACAACCUCCCCGUCGUCGCCAUCCCGCGCGCGCUGCGCGGGCCCGGCGCGUGCAACGCCACCGGCUGCAUGGCCGACCUCAACCGCUCGUGCCCGACGGAGCUGCAGGUGAACUGCGGCGACGGCGGCGGCGCGAUCGCGUGCCGGAGCGCGUGCGAGGCGUUCGGGCAGGACAGGUACUGCUGCAGCGGCGCCUACGGCACGCCGGCGGCGUGCCGGCCGACGUCCUACUCGUCCAUCUUCAAGAUGGCGUGCCCGCGCGCCUACAGCUACGCCUACGACGACAGCACCAGCACCUUCACCUGCAGCGCCGACGACUACACCGUCGCCUUCUGCCUCCCGGCCUCCGGGAUAAAGGAGUCGGACGCCGUGUUCCUCGGCGCGCAGAUCGCCGGCGGCCGCGGCACCGGUGCUGCCGAAGGCAACGAUAUGGCGCCGCCGGCGUACGGCAGCGGUGGCGCGGGCGCUUAUGCGCCGCCGGCGUACGACAGCUACAACGGUGGUGGAGCAGGAGGCGCCUACCUGCCGCCGGUUUACAACUAUGGACGCGGCGGCGAUCGCAUACCGCCGGCGAUGAGGAGCUCGUCCGCUUGCAUCACGACGGCGACGACGACGUACAUCAGGCCGUGGCUUCCGCUGCUUCUGCUGAUCCUCUACUUUGCCUGACCGUGUGUCUGUUGCCCGCUGCGCACGUCGACGAGCUCGUGACAGCUUAAGCUGGCUGUGGGUUUAACGCAGCCUGGCAGCAAAGAAGAGACGGACGUACGGGUCGAUCGAGAAGGGCUCUUCAUUCAUUCAUGCGUUGGAUGUUUGCACGAUCCAGUGUGACUCUUCGUUGCUAUUAUUAGAUGUUUGCAGAAUUCCAACUUACCAUUCCAUGUUAGUUUAUUCAUUACGUAGUUAGAGUAAUUAUUAUUACUACUACUGGAGUAGAUGGUGGGCAACUGACUGUAAAGACCGGAUCCGUUUUACUCUCAUUGUUUCAGUUAGGAUUUAAUUAAUUAGUUUAAUUAGGGAAAUCUCUGUUUAUGGAACCGACAACGGUUUUCCUCCCGAGAAGUCACGUCCCUAAUCUAACGGACGCGUCCCUCUAUUCCCUUCUCCUGUAACAGUCGCGUCUGUGCGACGUGUCCUUUUCAGGGGUAUAUAUUUGUACA